CGCGGGGCCAUGGCCGAUGGCAACGCCGACUGGAUGGGCUCGCUGCGACCCGCGCUGCGCUCCCUGCCGCUCUCCAACCUCGCUAUCCCGGGAUCRCAUGAUUCAUUCAGCUACUGGGUUGAUGAGAAAUCUCCUGUGGGACCAGACCAAGCAACAGCCAUCAAACGUUUGUCCAGAAUUUCCUUGGUUAGAAAGAUCAUGAAGAAAUGGUCAGUGACUCAAAAUCUGACUUUCAAAGAGCAGUUGGAAGGUGGGAUCCGCUACUUUGAUCUUCGUGUAUCUUCCAAGCCUGGGGAAMUAGGACAAGAGACUUACUUCAUACAUGGCUUGUUUGGCAUCAAAGUAUGGGAUGGRCUGAAGGAGAUGAAUAGUUUUCUUGAGCAACACCCCACAGAAGUAAUCUUCUUGGAUUUCAAUCAUUUCUAUGCCAUGGAUGACAGCCAUCAUCACGUCUUGAUCAACAGGAUCCACUCAGUGUUUGAUUCCAAACUUUGUUCUGUUCAAUGUGUAGAAUAUGUGACGUUACUGUACAUGUGGGAGAAGAAACACCAGGUUCUCAUAUUUUACCACCACCCUUUGUAUCAGAAAUACCCCUUCCUGUGGCCAGGUAAUAAAAUGCCAGCACCAUGGGCUAAUACAACCAAUGUGCACAAACUGCUACAGUUCCUGGAGACCACACUUGGGGAGCGAAGUCGUUAUGGGACUUUCCAUGUAUCUCAAGCAAUUCUCACACCUCGAGUGAAAACAAUUGCACGGCAUCUAGUUCGUGGUCUGAAGAACACACUUGUUCACAGGAACCUGCCCAUGAUUCUGAACUGGGUGAAAGCACAGAAGCCUGGUGUUAUGGGUGUUAACAUAAUUACWUCAGACUUUGUGGAGCUGGUUGACUUUGCUGCUACAGUUAUUGCAUUGAACGACCUUCUUUUAGAAGACGAUGAAUCUGCAACUAAAUCCUGAUUGCUGUGUCCCACUUGUGCUCCUUAGGAGACAUCUUCGAACUAUGCCUGGAUACAUAGAUAUCUGAGGUACUUAAACAUCUAAGAAAGCAGUAUWUCUCUCAAAUUUGCUGCAGCAWGUGUGCAGGAGCAAGCACCCAGACAGAGACAGUCAGUGCAAGCAAGGUACCUGUGGAAAAUUCCCCUCAGAGGUYAGUGAAAUACUCACUUAGGAUGUUUCUGCAUCUCCUGACGGGUGAAGAUCGGCCCGUGGUGUUUCAGCAGUUCUCCAGGUAUUGCACCCCUGAGGGUUCGCUGGCUCCGGGGGCCCUGCUCGGAGGGAGGUUGUCAGUCACAGCCCACUGCGGUCCAGGAGAGCUCAAAGGGCCCCAUCUUGGGCYGCUGUUUAUAGGGCCACAGGAAUUCAGCUUUAGUCAUAACAAAGCUUCAUCCUGACCACAGUUUGGGUUAGCACUUUCUUUGAAAGUGUGAGAACAGGAAUCUUUUGCCAUUCAGGCAAGAGGAAUAUUUUCCAAGGCUGGUCACGAGGAAAACAGAAGAUUGUUAGGAGUUCCUGGGAGCAGACAGUGUUUCUGAUAAGCUCAGAAGGAGCUGAGCCCAGGUGGUGUUUUCAAGGCCAAGGCCUAACAAGCAUUUCUCAGAUCACACUGCAGCUUGGAAGGGGAAGUGUUCAUUGUGCUGUUUUAGACACUACCUCUGACCUGCUUGAAGAGACAAUACUGCCAUUCUUCAGGGGGAAGCUGUUAACACUGUCUUAAAUAYCCAAACUGUCCUUUGGGCCUGCAAGGUGAAGGCUUGGCACAAUCUCCUUUGGAGUCCAAACUCCUCUUUAUUUUACUUUAAUACUUCACUAUAUUUAUUGCAAUUGUGUUUAAGUGUGUUCCUUUUGGCAUUAAGGUGGAGAAUAUUUCAGUCUUCAAAUUUUGAGGAUUAUAAUUCAAGUUUGAAUUCCUGUUUCCUGGGACAGUUAGGAAACACUGAUUUUCCUGAAUGCCUGAAACAUUUAGGAGACUGUAGCAUAACCUUUCUCAUUUACAUGUUGGUCACUUGGGUUUUUUAAUCCAGCAACUUUUCUUUGGAGGAAGUCUCUCACCCAGUCUUUCUCUGGAAUGAGGUGGRCCAAGKGGGGUGUUGCAYGAUAUUCAAAGAGCUGGAGCURACAGGGACUGCACAAAGCCCAAAURUUGAAUCAUUGUGAUCUGUGAUGGGACAAUAAAUUCUGCAAUCAGACCUGAAAGUUGUGCUUGUAGACAGAGCCACGGCUAUUAAGGGAGAAAUUUCUCYGGCCUUCACCUGCUUGUGACAAAGUAAGCAAUAAUCACACACACACAGGCUGGUGUCAAUGCUGCUUCUUUGUGUAGUCAUACUCAUUUUUGUGCUGGUUCACAGUGAAAUGUGACCAUGUGUUUGAGCCAAUGCAAUCAUAUGUUGGUACUUAUCAGCACUUAUUUACUAGCUGAGAGUAUCCUAUCAUCUGAUUUAUCUUUGUUGUUUUUUUUUUAAAAAAAAAAGCACAAAAGGGACUGAUUAGCAAGUAUAUCCCUGCUCAAUCAUCUUCCUAAAGCAACUCUUGGUUGCAACUCUAAAGCACUAAUUAUUCACUGAUUAUGAAUUUGUAUUUAUCAAUAAGCUUAUUUAUUAUAGAAUGGAUUGUCUUUGUAGGUAUUUCAUUCAAAAGGAAAAUUAAUCUCCAGAUUUAUUAUUUAUUUUGUGGUUUUAUCCUGUAUCUGUUAUCAUGUUCUGACAGCUGUGAAAAAUAUCAACCUUCUUUGUUUGCUUGUCACARCUCAGGAGAAGUUACUUUGCAAGCCUUCCAUGUGAACCUUGGCUGAGUUCUGAGUGGACUGUAAUCUGAUUUAUCUGUUGUUUGCAUGGCUUUCAUUAGAGUUCCUUGAAUUUUUUAACUGAAUCCUUUUUUGAAGGGAGUUGGGGUAGGGGAAGUGCCUGUUACUCACUGUUCUUCUCCUUUCCACUUGUGCUUCAGUUAUAAGGAACAAGUAAUAAAAAUCAGAGUUUGGGAACUAUGCUCAAAUUUCUAGUUUAAUGCUUCCUUUGAAAACUGCAGCAGAAGGUUUUUCUUAUUUUUGGCAUUUUUUUCUUAUUGAUGAAACUGUCAGAACAGUACUUUUCAGUCUGCAAGUUUAUUUUAUAUAUCUGGAUCUUACUUAGCUGAAUUUUGUAUUAUUUCCUUUAGUACUCUACUCAUAUCCCCUACUAAAACUCCAUGAAGGUGUUACCCAUGUGUGGUUUCGGUUUCAGUGGUUUUCUUCUGCAAAUUGGCUUAGAGCUCAGAGCUCAGUUGGGUAGAGCAUGGUGUUACAAACACCAAGGAUGUGGGUUUGGUCUCUGUAUGGGCUAUUCACUUAAGAGCUGAACUCCUGACCCCAAUGGGUCCCUUCCAACUCAGAAUAUUCUGUGCUUCUGUAACUUGGCUUGAAUGCCUUUGCCGGGUUCUAUGCAGAACUGGAAGACAAAGCAAGGUGAAGUGAUUAUGAUGUUUGCAUUUGACCCUUAAUAUAUUUUGUACUGUAUAUAUCUGCCUCAAAAGAGAUUUAUCGGGCUUAACCAAUAUUUAUAUUUUUUAUUGUGUGUGCACAGUAAUGGCUGUGUCAUUAGUGCUUCUGCUGUAUUUAUUUGAAUAGAGAUGGGAUGGGCUCAGGGCUUUGGUUAGACAUUUUUUAGUGCAGACUCAGAAGUUUCACUAACAUACUUGCUGCUGGCUCUUGCUUCUUGAAAUAGAAAAUGACAUGCUGGGUGUUAAGAGUGUUAGCAGAGGAAAAAGAGAAAAAUAGCUUUAGGAUUAAUGGUUAAGUAUGUCUGGGGAGAAGACAACAUUUCUGUAAGUUUGGCCUGUCACAAGAGACUUGUGUGUCAUUUCAGAGCAGUGCUUGGUGUUGUGCUUCUAAUGAAAGGAACCUGACAGUCUCAAAUGAUGAGCUGGGCAAUUGGCAGGUAACACCUGUCUGUGACAGGACAUCUCCCUUGGGUUCUCUGGGCAACAUUCACGGUGUUUAGAACUGGUCCUAGGGUAAUCCUAAACCAUCCUAAGCAAUAUGAACUACCUUUCUUCUGUUACACAGAGCAAAGCUAUCCAUAUAAUAGGCUUAUCUCUCUGACUCAAUACCAAAACAUAUCCAAACUUCCUCAUGCUUUGCAAAACGGUCAUCUAGGCAUGGACUUUGGGCUGUGGACUCUAUUUUCCAGCAUUAUAAAAUUAAAAGGUGAGCUGGACAGGAAGGGAGAUCAAGGAAGUAGGGCAUCCAGGAGUUUGCAUCCAGUGCCCACAGGUGUGGCAGUGCUUAGCCCAGUUGUGGGCAGCAGAGUGGAGCAGGUCUGGCAGGUGAGUGGCUGCACUGCAGCUCACACUGAGGCACUUGGCCAAGUCUGAGCAGUCUGCCCCUGAGAUCAGCAAAUAACAGCCUGCAAGGUCAGGAUGUGUGAGCUUGAGGAGAAAAAAAGAUGGGUAUGAACACAGGAGAAGGCUGGGGCCUUCUUACUGUUGAUGUAGACACACAUCUGGUGUAUACAGUGGUUUAGGCUUGUUGUAUGUCCCCAAAGCAGUAGAGCUCACUUUUAAACAGUCAAGGUAGAAAACUCCCCCAGAAGACUUGUUCUGACCUCUUGACCAUUUGGYUCUCCUGCUGGGACAGGAGAAGUCAGGAAACAAGCAGCUGCUCAAAGUAAAAUACUUGCACUGUGUAUACUUGAAUAAUUACMCAAAUGGUUUGUUAUUACAGAUUCAGGUUAGUUAUACACUGUUUUAUGACAGUUGUUUCUCUUCCUGAUGUACAGCCCCUGAAUGCCAAGCACACUGGGGCCAUUCCUCUUCUCAGGCUGAUUGCUGCUAUGUGCAAUUCAAGGGCGUAUUUGAGGCACAGUAGACCUCUGUGUGCAACCCUAAUGGGAAAUAGGGAGAUGUUUGUUAUGGAGCAUCUAAAAGCUUUUAGCCUCCUACUGUGUCCUGUAGAUKAAACAAAAAGGAGUUAGUACUAGAUUUUGCAGGCUGACAAUCUGUUGGCUUCUUACUUAUGGCACUUGAAGAUACAGCAUUUGGAAAUGAACACAGCAUUGAUGUACUUGAUGCUCUUGGAGAUCUUGUCCAACCUUAAUAAUUCUGUGAUUCAGAGCAGAAAUGGUGAUUGCAAAAAGGCCCAYAGUCUGUUAAAUGGCCUAUUUGGAGGAAAGAAUAAUAAGGAAAUGGUAUCUUUGUUCCUAACAUAUGCUGGGUUUUGCUGUUGUUGGUACUGAAUUARCUGAAUGUUGGAGUUUAAAAAGCACCUGAACCAUAAGGUUGAAGAAGCYUUUUUGAGCAGGGAUUUUGGCUCAAACAGAAGUAGGGCUUUUGCCAAGAUGYUUAUCUAUUCUCAUCAGGUUACGCCUUUGGAAAUAACUUUCUUUGCAUACCUGUCUCAGGUAUCAGAGUUCAUUGCUGUAUCAUUUAGCAAACCAGGGUUUAGGWCUUAGAUAGAGGACAUGGAGAUUUUGGUUUAGAAUUGGGUUACCUAUGGAAGUCUUGAGUGAGCAUGUGUCACUUGAGGUUUACUUGAAUAUGCAGUAUUUAAUACGACGUCCAUAUGCURUUUUAGUAGGACUUUCAUCUUGACUUCAACAUAUUGUUACCAAUCCCUAAUGAAAACAAWUUUUUUGGUCAGAGGACCACUGUUUGGGACAAAACUUCAGGCAAAUUUUAAUGCUUUUUAAAGGACAGAGAAAUUUUUCAAUGGGGGUAGUAAAACUAACCCAAAAUUUUAUUUYGAAUAUAGAUCAGGUUGAAAUGAGUCCUUUUGGCAGUGGAAAACAAGAUUUUAUUUUUCUUCUUUUCUCUCUGACAAAAUCUUAUUCCAGUUUUUGGUUUUUAGCUCAACAGAUGGGUAGAAGAACCAGAGCAUAUGGUGAAGAGCAAAUAAAUUUUAUGCUAAGGAUGUGUAUGUAGGACUAACUGUGGUAAGAUUAGAGUGAUUUACUUAAUGACACCUUUAAUGGUAAUCCUAUUAGCUCUUUGGUUUMGGUGGUUAAAUCAGUCUCUAUUUUGUAUUAAAAAUAAUCAGUCCCACUAAUUCAAUGCAUCCAUUCUGUUGAACUGUGUUUACUUCUGUAUGCAUAUUUAUUUCUCUACAAGUCUUAUCAAGUAAACUUUUAAUUGUAGGGACUGGAGUAGGAAUGUCAGCUUUAGAAGUGUGUGCUGAAUCUGAUUAUAUUUUAUAUCCCUGAAUAUUUAUGUAUUGUGUUUGUCCAUGUAAACCGUACUUCUCUUACCUUUUGUUACACCUGUGAUAUCAUGUACAUUGAACUGCAAUGUAUUCUUAAUUUUGAAAGAAAUGUUGAUCUAUKUACAUUCUAUAUAAAAAUAAUUUAAUGGUUCUUUGAUUUUUCUCAAUGUCAACUGUAUUUUCCAGAUGGAUUUCUUUAUUUAUACUGUGGAAGGGGGCAGAGGGGGCCAGGUGAAGAGGAGUUACCAAUUCUCAGGUUAUAUUUUGUGCAGUUUGCCUUCUUUUCGCAGUCUGUGCUUUACUCAYCUGUCUGAUUCAGUUUUGUGUAACCAGAAUACCUCAUCUGAACUGCAGAUAAAUUUGGGGUUCACAUCUGUUUCUUCUGCUUUAUAUCAUUGGGGUUUUGAAUCCUGAAAAUAAAAGGUACA